CCUCCUUAGAAAUUUGAAAACCCAGAAAACCGUUGGGGUUUGUUCGUUGGAGUUGUCUGAACAAAAGUAUUCGGAGUGCUUGUUGGAGAAUCGUCCCUCUGAGUGACGUUGGACAUAUUUAUUGUGUUAUUUUGUUUGUAAUUUUGGUUAUUUAUAUGUACUACACAAACAUCUAAUAAAAGAUUGUUGAAAAUAUCAGGGCAUUCCUUCGGUGACUUUUGAUCUCGGUGACUCUGACACGAUGACUGAGGAGUGCUUGAAGGUAGCUGUGAGGGUGAGACCGCUGAUACCCUCUGAAGUAGCCAGGGGAUGCCAAAAUUGUAUCAACGUUGUUCCUGGAGAGCCACAGAUACAGUUGACUGGCACGGAGAAGGCCUUCACGUAUAAUUUUGUGUUUGGAUCUGAUGUGGGACAAGGUCAUGUUUAUGAGACGGCAGUUAAGGAUAUGAUGCCGAAUAUAUUCAAAGGUUACAACGUGACAAUUCUGGCCUACGGUCAGACCGGCAGUGGAAAAACCCACUCCAUGGGGACAAACUACUCAUCAACCAACGACCUUUCCACUGGGAUCAUUCCCCGGGCAGUCCAGGACAUUUUCUCCACAAUAGCUCAGAAAUCUCUCGAAAACUGGGAGUAUAAAGUAACCGUGGGCUUCAUGGAGCUGUACAACGAACAGCUUUACGAUCUUCUGGCUGAUAAACCGACACGGAAGGAUUCCAUCGUGGACAUUCGCGAGGACACCAAUGGAAUCAAGAUCGUUGGGCUGACAGAGCGAGAAGUGACAUGUGCGGAGGACGUCCUCCAGUGCCUGAUGGCAGGUUCCCAAGGCCGAGCAACAGGGGCCACAGCAAUGAACUCACAGAGUAGCCGGUCCCACGCAAUUUUCACUAUUACCAUCUGUCAGCAAAAGGACAAUGACUCCAAUUCUGCUACCACUUCUAAAUUUCAUUUGGUAGAUUUGGCUGGAUCCGAAAGAAGUAAAAAAACCCAGGCGACAGGUGAGAGAUUCAAAGAAGGUGUCAACAUCAACAAGGGUCUUCUUGCUCUUGGAAAUGUAAUUUCAAAUUUAGGGGAGAACGCAGCCCAUAUUGGAUACCGGGACAGCAAGCUCACUCGCCUCCUUCAGGACUCCCUCGGUGGUAACUCCAUCACCUUGAUGAUUGCCUGUGUCAGCCCUGCUGAUUACAAUUUGGAGGAGACCCUCAGUACCUUGAGGUACGCAGACAGGGCGAAGAAGAUAAAGAAUAAACCUGUUGUCAAUCAGGAUUCCAAAGCUGCGGAAAUUAAUCGACUCAAUGCUCUUGUUAAAGAACUGAAAUUAUCACUUAUUGAGAGAGGCCCUGCCAUUGACUGUCCUCCUGAUCAUCAAGAGCUUCUUGAGAAGAACCGAGGACUACAAAGGAAGCUUCGAGAGCUCUCUGAGCAGUUAAACACCAAUUUAAUUGAAUUCAUGGGUAUGCACGAGAGAGCCGAAAUAGCUGAGGCCAGUAGGGAGCAGUUGAGCAAUGAGAUUGACAAGUUACUCGAGGACAUUCAGGCCGCGAUCAAUGAAACUGACAUUGAGGAGGUGUAUCUGAAGCUCAAGGCUAUUCAGGAGAAAAUAUUCAAGAUUCAGGAGCAUCAGAAGAAAUCAGAUGCCGAGAUAAUUCACCAGAUAUCUUUGGAGAACAAUCCAAAUGUGAAUGAUGGAAGUAGCACCAGUAUCUUGAAUGAAUCAUCUCUAGAUGAGGAGCACACUGAACACACACUUCUUCAGGCAGCUCGUAAUAAAGAAGUAACCAAUAUAAAUCGACAAUUAGCAUUGAAGGAACAACUUGUGGCGAAACUCUUGUCCACGUCUUCUCAAUUGGUAGCACAUGACAAAGAGAUAGAGGCUAUGGAGAACGAAAUAAAGGUUCUCCAGGCCGAGAAGGAACAAUUGCUGAAGAACCUUGAAGAUGUUCAAGUGAACAAUGCGUCGGCCAAACUCGCUGAGGCUCGUCGAAAGAAGGUGAAGGAGCUGGAGAAAAAAAUGGCAGAACUGACUAAGAAGUGUGUGGAGCAGAGCAGAAUUCUUAAGUCGAGGGAGAAGGCAGCGGAGCAGGUGAAGAACUUGACCCAGGAAAUUCAGCAGAUGAAGCAGACGAGAGUGAAGCUGGUGAGAGAUAUGAGGAAAGAGGCUGAUAAAUUCCAGCAGUACAAAGCUCUCCGAGAAAAAGAGGUAUACAAACUCAAAGAUCAGGAUCGUAAGAGGAAGAAUCAGAUCGAACGUCUACAAGUUCUUCACAAUAAACAACAAAAUGUGAUGAAGCGAAAAAUGGAGGAGGCCUAUGCUAUGAAUAAAAAACUGAAGGAAACACUUGCAUUGCAGAAGAAAAUUCGCGCUAGUAGAGAGGAGAAGGGAAAGAAAAGCAAGGAUUACAUCCAAAGGCUCGUCAAUCACGAGGUUGCUGUUAUCCAGGAGACUAUUGAUGCUCAAAGUGCACUGGACAUGCAGCUGAAAUAUCGUGAAAAAAUAGCUGAUCAUCUUAACCAGCUGAAAGCCACUGCAGCCCAGAAUCCAUCGGAUUAUUUGACCAGGGAGAUUAACGAUCUUGGAGAGUAUUUGGAUUUAUGCACCCUGAAAAUACAACAAAUGCAGCAGGAGAUUCUGGCUUCUGAUCAAGAAAAUAUGGUGAAGAGCAGACUGGAGGGUAUCUACACCAUUGGAGAAGCCAAACAAAUUUCCCAACAGUUGUUCGAGAGGAUUGAACAGAUGUACAAACAGCACAAGGUGGAGUUGUUCGAUAGCCAAGACAAAUAUGACGAGUUGAUGACACUUCAUGAUGCAACACUGAAUAAACUGAGGCAAAUCGAAUUGACACCUUCUGUUAGUUUAGAGGAGCAUCGUCAGGUACUUACGGAGUUGGAGAUGUAUAGGAGGAUGAAUAGUGAACCGAAGGAGGAGGCGGAGGACGGCCAGAACAAGAGCGCUAAGGCUGCUGGAAGUAAGGGUCGAGAUAUGUCGAGGAAGACAAUCACUAUUAAAUCAAUGCCUUUAGCUAAAUUCAUUGGAGAUCUGGGAAAGGAGAAUUACGAGACUGACGAGAGUUUUAAUGACGAUCCUGACAAGGAUCCAGAUUGGGUAAAGACUCCACUAGCGAAGCGUUGGAAGAGCAUUGGAAAUGUCAAGAAACUUUCCACCAGCAGCGAGGGUAAGGGCAUGAAGAGGUCUUCCGCAGAAUCGCUUGAGAGCAGGUGUCAGUGCAAAACCAAGUGUCAAAAUCAUUACUGCAGGUGCCGGAAAAGUGAAGCCAAGUGCUCGGAGGACUGCGGAUGUAAUCCCGAAAGGUGUGAAAAUAGGAAUAAUGAGCAAACGACUAGAUAUUUUGAUGAAGGGCCCAAUAACUUUGCGGGGCCAGUGAAGAAGCUUAGGACUGAGUGAUGAGGUCCUUUGACAUUUCCAGAUUGUUGAUAAACUUAGAUCUAAAGAUGUUUAAGACGAACAAUUCAGCAAUUGUUUGAAAAACAUUCAGGAAGAAUUCAGCAAUGAAUCCGUUGAACAAUCGAAAUUGAGUUUGACUAUUACUCGGCUUUCGAUGCCCAAAUUUUUGCAUCGCUUCUUUUGUAGAGCGACUGCAGUGAUAAAGACGAAAAAAUAUUUAUUAGAAAUUCAACAAAGGGCUAAAUAAUUUUAAGGCGUUACAACAGGCCCACAUUUCCUGGAGAGGUUUAAACAAUUUUUUUGUUCAGUUAUUAAUAUUGUUUUAACCCGCACUAUGCUGACCUACAUCGUCAUUUCCUGCAGAUUAAUAUCUUUUAAUUCAUACACCUAUAUUAAUAACUUUAAGCAACAGAAUUGUUUAAAAAAUUGCAGGUUUCCUGUUACACCUUAUAAUCAGUUUUAUCUUUUCUAGACUAAAUUUUUAAAGAUAUCUGAACUAUUUCCUACUUUAUUUUAUUGUACAGAUUUUUACAAAAAAGUCAAACGGCUUAAUUUAUUAAAUCUAUUUGGAUUAACCAAUCUCGAGGCAUGAGAACAGUGCUAAAUGAAUUUUAUAAUGUUUAUACGUAUGAAUAAAUGAGACAUUCCACCGUU